CCCUGCACGGUCGCAGGUGUUGCGUCCAGGUCGCUCUCAUCUUCUUGGGCCGCAGGGCUGCAGGUAGGACGCCCGGAGAGUCCGGAUCGGACCGGGAGAUGGACUUGCUGGUCUUUGAGGAUGUGGCUGUGGACUUCACCCCGGAGGAGUGGGCUUUGCUGGAUGGUGCUCAGAGGAAGCUCUACAGAGACGUGAUGCUGGAGACCUUCAGAAACUUGGUCUCAGUAGAUAAUGAGAUUCAACUUAAAACCAAUGGGUCCAUUUCUCAGCGGGAUAUUUUUGAAGAAAAAUUAUCCAAUGAACAGAAAAUAGCAAGGUUCACAAAAAAUGAUUCCUGGACCUCCGUUUUAACAGAAAGUUGGGAAGACCAGUGCAUUGAAGACAAGCACAACAAGCAGGGGAGACAUUUGAGCUAUCUUUUUGGCCAGAGGAUCAUUAUUCCAUUUUGCUGGCUUGCAAAUUUGUAAAUAAUGGAAGUUGGCAGAAAUUUGUAAGUAUGCAAGUCUUGAAAGAGUGUAGUUUUGCACGAACUGUUAUUUUGAUCUGUUGCUGUGUGUUCUUUGUCUUGCUUCUGGCUGGCAACUGGAUGAUAGGUUUGAAUUAAGAGAGACAGUGAAAUCUAGAGGUGGAGAUGGUUCUGUUGUUAUAUCAAUGUAGGUAAGGCUAGCAACUACAUUUCCCAGGAUACCUUCUCUAUAGGGUUCCAUGAUAGAAUUCUGUAAUAACUCAAGUUGCGUGAGAUUUGGAAGAAGAAGUUAUUCAGUUCAUCAAGCCACCACUCCACAGGGAGAGAGACACCUGCAUGGGGACUUUGUGGACAUCAGCCUCCAGCCUAUUUUCCUGAGUGCUGGCCCUGCUGAUUCAAAGUAUCCUCAAAACAAACACCAACGGCUUGACUUCCCUUUUAUGAGAGGUAUGGGCUUCCACAGACAUCCCUACCAGCUUUCCCAUCUGAAUGCACCUCCAUGGGCAGACAUCCACUUUGCAUUUUCCUGCAAUUCCUAUGCCGUCCACCAGACCACUGAUUAGGAUGUCACGGCUGUUGAUCUCACCUGAUGCUCUGACUCCCCUUUUCUCUGGAUCUUACCAUAUUUAUACAGUCUAAUUUGUAUACUGGACACCUCAUUCUCUUAAUACUUCUAGUGCUUCUGUGUUUCUGAUUCCACCACAACAGAUGUAAUGGUGCAGCCAUAAGAACACAUGAGACUGUGUGUCCCUGCUGCAUUGUGACAGGCUUCCCUGGGCCAGUCCUUCUCUGAGAUAAAUAAGCACAUUACUGAUAUACUGAGCAGACUGUGUGGGUUUUCUGUUACUCAGAGCUGAAUACAAUUCCUCAGUAUGUGUUCAGUUAUUAAGUUUGAUUAUGUGUGAUUAAACAUAAUGUGUAUUUUUUUGGUUGGACAAAAGCUGUGUUUCUGAGAAAUAGCCUAUUAACUGUUUUCAAAAAAGUAUACUAUAUAUAUAAAAUGUUUCUGAGAAAUAUAUUGACUGUGUUUUCAAAUGAGUUGUAUACUAACAAAUGUCAAUUUCUA